AUGGUCAUAAAUAAUACUGUUCUGUCAACAACAUCAUUUUUUCAAUCGGAUGCAUGGUUAUUUGCUGUUUAUAUCAUCUUAACAUAUGAAAUAGUUUUUUGGUUUUCUAAUAGUUUUUUAAUAUUUAUUGAGUUAUUCGACAUUCCUAUAAUUGAUCAAUAUCGUAUACAAAAACAUAAGAAAAAAUUACGUUUUCAACCUGAUAUAGUUCAUUUAAUGAUUAAAGAAACAAUUUAUCAUCAAUUAUCAUUAAUUUUUCUUACACCUGCUCUAUAUUUUAUUUUCAAUUACUUUGGUCAUAUUGAUAUACAAGGAAUACGACCAUCAUGGUCAACGAUUCUUUUUCAACUUGCCCUAUUUAUUCUUUCCGAAGAUACAAUUUUCUUUUGGACACAUUAUCUAUUUCAUACACCAUGGUUAUAUAAACAUAUACAUAAAAAACAUCAUGUUUAUAAACAACCCACAGGUGUAACUGCUGUGUUAAGCGAUCCGUUUGAAGGUAUUCAAACUCAGUUAGCUACUUGGUUUAUGCCUAUAUUUAUAAAGGAAACACAUAUAUUUACAGUAUGUAUAUGGGUAGCUAUUCGUACGUAUCAAACAGUUAUUGCACAUUCAGGAUAUAAUCUUCCAUAUAUUACAACACAAUAUUGGUUACCAGAAUUAAUGCCAGGUACAAUCGCACAUGAUUUUCAUCAUCAACAUGGUAAAUGGAAUUAUGGAUCAUUUUUUUCUGUUUGGGAUCAAAUAAUGGGUACACAUCGACUUACAACAAGUAAAAAAGAAACUAAUUAA